AUGCCAUCAUGGAUAAAUUCCAAAAAGCUUGGAACGCCCUCAACCCUCAACCCUCCGUAUCUCGACUGGAGGUCUAACGGGUGGACCAAUGCCCCGGAUAGACAAUGGGGCGUCGAUUUCCUCCCAAGCUGCCCGCGGCACGACUUCCGCUGCAGGACUACAAGAGCCAGAGCCGCCUCCCGCCGGAGAAACAAGGCGAAAAAUCGAUCAGAACUUUCCGCCUUGAUCAUGUAUACCGCCUGUGGCAGGCCGGUGGACAGGUUUGUGACGUCCGAAGACAGGGGACGAGGCGGGGUUGAUUCUGGCGCAUCUCGGAAGAAGUUGUUGGAUGCGGCUAACUCUUAUGUUUCGAUCCAGUUCCAAGGUUUCCUCAUCAUCUCCAUGGAUUGGGGCCCAUACCCAUGGAUUCUGCUCCGUAGUCCCCGCAAUGACCUGGAGGUGCUAGAGGUUGCUAGGGCGAAGCCCACGAACUGCUUAGUGUGCUAA